GACAAGAUCAAACAGAAAUCAUCAGAGUUGCAACCUAAUAAGGUCUAGUGUUCAUUCUGCUUAGAAUAGGGAUCAACUUUCUUCACUAUCUUCUCAGAAAUGUUGUCACUCAUCAAGCCCAAGACUCGGAAGAAGAGGACGAUCAUCGUCGGUCUAAAUUCUGACAAUGGAAGCAGAGAUAUCCUCCUUUGGUUGCUUACGGCACUCGUCAAUCCGGGAGAUUACGUUCUGGCUAUUCAUGUUCAAGAGCCAAAUGAUAGUUUCAAUCCAAAUACUUUCCACAUCCAUGAAGAUAUUUGCAAAUCCAAGCAGGUCGAUUUACAGGUUAAGGUAAGCGAAACCACUCCUUAUAUUUCGAACUUAACCCGUCAAGUACGAGAAAGCUACGCCAGUAUUUUGGUACUUGGAUGUAGCCUUUCAAGACCUGAUUAUUCAGUUUUCAGUACCUGCCUAAAAGGCUUGCCUCCUACUUGCACUCUUAUGGUGAUGGACAAUCUAGGCAGAAUUCUAUUUCAAAACCAAGGAACUUCACAACAAGGCUCCGAACGAUCUUCACAUUCAGGAUAUCAACAAACUAAUAUCCGUGACCUACAGAAGAGUUCGACGCUACCCUCUUCUCUACAAGCAAAUGAAAAACAGAAAAUUUCCAAGAAAGCACAGCCAUUUCUCAACUUUGCACCUCAUGAACUGUUACCUAGUUCUAGAUCACAGCAAUAUUCAACAAGAAUCAAAAGGCAGUUUACAUCAGAGCAGCUCAACUAUGCAACCAACAAUUUAGAUCCUGCAAUGCUGAUUGGUGAAGGUGGACAUAGCAAGGUGUAUAGAGCUAACCUCGAAGACGGACAAGCAGCAGCAGUGAAAAUUCUAAGCUCGGAUUCGCCAUCCGACAACCUUGUUCAGGAAGUUGAAAUCUUAUCUAAGAUCAAACAUGAGAACAUAGUUCAGUUUAUUGGGUUUUGUAGUGACAAAAACAUGCAGGCAGUUGUGUACAAUUUGCUUAAAGGAAGCCUAAAUCAAUAUCUAAGAAAAAUGGAGUGGAAGGAGAGAGUGGGGAUUGCAAUUGGAGUAGCAAAAGCAUUGAAUCAUCUUCAUCAUUCUUGCAACCCUCCAAUCAUCCACAGAGAUGUAAAGUCUUCAAACAUCCUCCUCUUUGGUAACUUCCAACCCCAAUUAGCAGAUUUUGGGGAAGCAACAGAGCUCAAACAGUCUCAAAAUGGACAAUCCAACACAAAGCCAUGCAAGAUCGUUGGGACAUUUGGAUACUUAGCUCCAGAGUACAUCAUGUAUGGAAAAAUCGACGAGAAAAUAGAUAUCUACUCCUAUGGAGUUGUUCUUCUAGAACUCAUCACAGGCAAAGAAGCGAUUCAAACAAAUCAGAACAGCCAUGGAAGCUUGGUACUCUGGGCAAGACCUCUACUCAGUUGCGGCCAAGGAAAUCAACUAAUUGACCCGAAUUUAAAGAACUACAACAAGGAAGAAAUGGAGGCAAUGUUGAUGGCGGCACGCCUCUGCCUGCUGGAUUCUUCUUCGAGAAGGCCAACGAUGAAAACGAUAUUGAGGCUGCUUGAAGAACAAGGGUACCUGUUUAAGAUGCUGAAGGUACAGAUAUGAGCUCUUUAAUGGCGGAAUUACAAAGGAAGAAGGCCGAUUUAUGGAAAA